AUGAGACGCUUUGCUUUAUUUGGUUGGAAAAAUAUUCCGUACGGUAAAAUCUUUAAAAAAUUUUCAUCCGAAGUCAAAGAUAAAGGUGAAACAGUUUUAUCUGUUACGAGAUGUUACUCAGGAGAAACUCCAGUUUCAACUCCCGGUGAAUUAUCUGUAUCGAAUGAACCUUACGAUUUGCAUAAAAUUGAUAAAUCCCCAUCGGUAACCAGUGAACUAACAAGAGAAGAGGCGAUCAAGUUGUAUAGAAAUAUGCAAACAAUUAGAAAGAUGGAAACCACUGCAGCUAAUUUGUAUCAACAAAAACAAGUCAGAGGCUUCUGUCAUGUUUAUGUUGGACAAGAAGCUUGCGCUGUUGGUAUGCAUUCCAUAAUGAGACCGCAAGAUACAGCAAUAACUUCCUACAGAUGUCAUGGGUGGGCUUACAUUAGUGGAGAGUCAGUGGAAAAUGUUUUGGCGGAGCUAUUAGGAAAAGUCACUGGAUCAGCGAGAGGUAAAGGUGGUUCAAUGCAUAUUUACGGAUCAAAAUUUUAUGGAGGUAAUGGUAUCGUGGGUGCACAUGUUCCCGUUGGUACCGGAAUUGCUUUGGCUCAUAAAUAUAAUAAAAAAGGAGCUGUUUCAUUCACAAUUUUCGGUGAUGGAGCUGUCGAUCAAGGACAAAUUUACGAAUCGUACAAUUUCGCCAAACUCCACGAACUUCCGGUGAUUUUCGUUAUAGAAAAUAACGAUUACAGCAUGGGUACACCCAGAAUAAGACACUCUGCCAAUCCCAAUUAUUAUACAAGAGGAGAUAUGCUUCCUGGGAUACGCGUCGGAGGUAUGGAUAUCUUGGCUAUCAGGGAAGCUGGAAAAUUCGCUUUGCAAUUUGUCACAUCAGGAAAAGGGCCACUUAUUCUACAGUUGGAUACGUACAGAUAUUACGGCCACUCGAUGUCCGAUCCUGGAACAAGCUACAGAAGUAGAGAGGAAAUAAAAAGAGUGAGAUCAAGUCAUGAUUGCAUUAAAACAUUCGCUGAUAAACUUGUAUUAUCUCGACUUGUUACUGAAGAAGACUUGAAAACAAUAGACAAAGAAAUUAAAAAACUUGUCGAUGAAGCUACACAAAAAGCUCUCGCAGCAAAAGAUGUGGCUAAAGAAGAAGUUUAUUGUGAUAUCUAUCGAACUUAUACGGGGAAAGUUAGAAUGCCUCAAUGGGAAACAUUUGGUGUACAUAAAAAUGUCAGUCAUUUGGUAUCGAAACAUGAAUAG